AUCAAGUCAUGUGACAGGAUGUGACAUCAUUCAGACACCUGCAAAUGACCACAUGGUCAUGAAGCAAACCUUCCUCUCCAUCCUGGGUAAUGCAGCCGUCCUGGUUGCAGCAGCUUGGCGUCACAGUGUUCUGAAAGCUCCUGAGCUCCUCACGGUCAAUCUGGCCGUGACUGACAUUGGUAUGGCUCUCAGCAUGUACCCACUCUCAAUCGCCUCUGCCUUCAACCACACCUGGAUUGGAGGUGACCUUUCCUGCCUGUACUAUGGCCUGAUGGGUAUGAUCUUCAGCGUGGCCAGCAUCAUGACUCUGGCCGCCAUGGGGUUAGUGAGAUACCUGGUGACUGGAAACCCUCCAAAAUCAGGAAGCAAGUUUCGGAGAAAAACUAUAAGUAUAUUGAUUGGUGUCAUCUGGCUUUAUUCACUGCUGUGGGCAGUGUUUCCUCUUCUGGGAUGGGGCGGAUACGGGCCGGAACCCUACGGUUUGGCCUGCUCUGUGGACUGGGCCGGGUACCAGCACUCCUUAAACGGCUCUUCGUUCAUUAUGUCUUUGGCCAUCCUGUGCACCCUGAUCCCAUGUGGAGUCAUACUGUUCUCCUACGCUGGCAUCGCCUGGAAGCUCCACAAGGCUUAUCAGUCCAUCCAGAGCAAUGAUAACCUGCCCAACUCAGGGGCCGUUGAGAGAAAAGUAACUAUGAUGGGCAUCCUGAUCAGCACUGGCUUUACUGUGUCCUGGACGCCCUAUGUGUUCAUCAGUCUCUGGACCAUGUUUCACUCCGAGGGCAAAGACAGCGUGGCGCCCAUUGUCAGCUUGCUACCCUGCCUCUUCGCAAAAUGCUCAACGGUGUACAACCCUUUUGUCUACUACGUUUUCCGCAAAUCUUUCCGCAGAGAGCUACGGCAGAUCCGGAUGUGUUGUUACCAAGGCUGUUGUGAUGCUGUGAGCAAAAUGACAGGAGGAGAACGCUCAGAGGAAAAUAGCGGGGCACAAAAGACAGCAGAAGAGUGAAAGCACAAAAGUAGAGGUCACCACUAAAAAUAUAUAGAGAGGUGAGGAGAGGAGCUCCAAUGAAUAAAAAAAAAAAAAAAAGGUUGGAGAAUUGCUUUGCAGCCUGUUCUUGAUGUGCUAAUGCAUCUUCAAGAGCGUCAAGUCUGUGUCUACAGAAGAGCAUUGCAUGAAUGUAGGACACACAAAGAAAAAAUAUUUUAAACUAUUGGAAAUAUUUCAUAUGGCUCCAUUCCUGUAUACAGGCCAGAUAUUCUCAGGAUAUUUUCUGUCCAAAAGGCUGCCGGUGUGCAGAUAUUCCCUUGUGUUCUCUGUUCACUGACAAUCCCAUGUUUAUUUGUUUGAGCAAUGUCUUAUUCUUUUGUCCUUUUAUCUAAUCUUUUAUUGCUGUCAGACCUUUUCGCUUUCAUCAGAUUAUUGUGUGAUAAAAGCUAUUGAAAUCCUUUAAAAGAUGAAUGCUUUAUGAAGAAGAUAGAAUGGUUGUUUGAUUGAUUUAUCAAUCAUCAUGAAGAUUUUUUGCAAAACUUUCUUUCAAUGAUUUUAUGUUUUAGAAUGUUCCUUUCAGUUUUCCAUUGAACCUGUUUUUCAUUAAAACCAUUUUUCACACUG